CUUUUUCUUGUUUACAUUUCUGAUAAAGAGACCUUGGAAGUCUCAUUGACAGACAGCUGAGAGAACUUGCUAGUUAACAAAAUACCUUUGGUCGUACUGAUAUCUUUCUUUCAAUUAGAAAUGUCCGAAACGAUGGGAAAAACUAUCACCUGCCGUGCAGCUGUUGCUUGGGCCGCAAAGGAACCACUCAGCCUUGAAACCAUUGAAGUUGCACCUCCUCAAGCUGGAGAAGUCCGUAUCAAGAUUGUUGCCACUGGUGUAUGUCACACUGAUGCAUACACUUUAGAUGGACAUGAUCCUGAAGGCAUCUUUCCAUGCAUCCUUGGUCACGAAGGAGGUGGCAUUGUUGAAAGUGUUGGAGAAGGAGUGACUUCUGUGUCCCCUGGUGACCAUGUGAUUCCACUUUACACUCCACAGUGCUAUGACUGCAAGUUUUGUAAGUCUCCCAAGACAAAUUUGUGUGUAAAGAUUCGAGCCACCCAAGGCAAAGGAUUGAUGCCAGAUGGGACGACUCGAUUCAAAUGUAAAGGAAAGGACAUUUUCCAUUUCAUGGGAUGCUCUACCUUUUCUGAAUAUACCGUCUGCGCAGAGAUUUCGGUUGCCAAGGUAAACGCUGUUGCUCCCCUUGGAAAAGUGUGCCUUUUGGGAUGUGGUAUUUCAACUGGAUACGGAGCAGCUUUGAACACUGCUGGAGUAGAGCCGGGCUCCACAGUGGCUAUCUGGGGAUUAGGUGCUGUUGGUUUGGCCGUUGCCAUGGGAUGUCAGCAAGCUGGUGCCAGCCGUAUUAUUGGUGUUGAUAUUAACCCUGCAAAGUUUGAAUUCGCCAAGAAGUUUGGAGUUACUGAGUUCGUCAAUCCCAAGGAUCACGAAAAGCCUAUUCAAACCGUCUUGGUUGACAUGACCGAUGGUGGAGUUGACUAUUCGUUUGAAUGCAUCGGAAAUGUGGCUUGCAUGAGAGCUGCAUUGGAGUCUUGCCAUCGAGGUUGGGGAGUUUCUGUCAUUAUCGGCGUAGCCGCUUCCGGCCAGGAAAUUUCGACGCGACCUUUCCAAUUGGUGACUGGUCGUGUCUGGAAGGGAACAGCUUUCGGAGGCUGGAAAUCUCGCGAUAGUGUCCCACGUCUUGUUGAGGAUUACCUUAAUAAGAAAGUUAAAGUUGAUGAAUUUGUUUCUCACGAUGUGCCUUAUGAGGAAAUCAACAAUGCGUUUCACUUGAUGCAUUCUGGCCAAAGCAUCCGCUCUGUCGUUCAUUUCUAACCCAGAAGAGCUGCUGGUUUUUUCCAAACCGAAAAGUCUUAUAGUAACAGGUUAAGUUUUUGGUUUUUUGGUAAAUACACACAUUUUUCUGUUGAAA